AUGGAAGAUCUUUUUAGACCAUUUUAUUGCGUCCGGUUCCUACGCGAGCGCGCUUUAAAAGACGAGCUUCUCUUUCAGAGUUCUUUAGUUCUCAACUCCCUCCUGUGUCUUUGCCAGUCAAGACAGGUUCUUGUUGUUUCGUCGUAUCAACUUGGUUCUUGGUCCUUUCUUUUUGCACCCACUUUCAUUCGAAAUCUCGUUCUGCUGGACAACACCCAUCUUUUCAACAUGCUGUCCUACAAGACCGUGCUCCUUGCCCUCCUUUUCUCUUCUUCAUCAUUGGCUCUGCCCAUUCGCCGUGAAGUGCCUCAGGAGCAUUCACAUGAGAAAUUUUUGAGAUCCGUACAAGCAAGCUUAGUGAAGAACAACCCAGCCGGCAUUGUCGACUCCGUUUUCGGCCUUCUCGGAAACGCGGCUGCCUCGCAAGGACUCGGCAAAAUCGCCGAUCCUGACUGUCUUCAACAAGCCACCGCCGACCAAGCAUUCACAAACGCCAAAGCUGCUGGCGACAUUCAAGGCCAGGUCGAUGCAUUGAUCUACCGUGGUCUGGAGCGAAACUCUGGCAAGGUUGGCGCGACCACUGCCGCCUGCAAGAGUAUCAAGGCUGUCAACCCAGAGAUCGCAGCCAUUAGUCAACACCAAGACCCUGCCUCCCCGAACGCGGCCGCCGUUAACAAGGCCAUCACGCUGGAAAUCGCCAAACAAAUUGCAUCCGUUGGCGGCAACCCCCUCGACGCACUCCAAGCUGGCACCUUUGCGCCUGGUAACCUGAACGACAACACCGGCAAGGGUAACACCUGCGACGACGCUAACGAUGCGGUCGGCUGUAUCAUCAGCCAAAACCUGCUUGUCGAAGACGCAAGUGAGGCUGAGAUUCAAGCCGCCGUCGCCGGCGUGUCGAAGAACGCUGGUUCAGCUAAUAACAAUGGCAACCAGAACAAUAAUGGAUCCAACGCUAACAACGGUGCUGCUGCUGCUCCCCCGGCCGCAUCGUCUUCGAACAUCGGCAACUUUGGCAAAUGCUCGGUCCCCCAAAUCGAAUUCGGUGUCGGCUUUGACAACCGCAAGGAGACUUCGUUCCAGCCCGUCGACAAGCAGUCGUUCAACCACGGUUCCGCUCAGGCAAUCAAGAUCAUCACCCAGUUCAUUUGUGACACGUUGACUAACAGCUGCGGAGCUGACGCGACCGCCAAAGCCACAUGCGCUAAAGCUCAGGCUGCUGCUGACGCUGCGCCCCCCAAGACUGGUAUUGACGCCGAUAUCUUCAACGGCUUCUUUGGCAUUUCCACGAACUUCCGCAAUAUUGCGGCUGUUGACGACCAAGGACGGGUCGUUGCUGGUUCGACUGGUGGACAAGUUUCGGUCGCCCCAACUGGUGGAGCAGGCCAAGCUCAAGCCCCUCCUGCCAAUAACAACAAUGCGGCUUCGAACAACAACCAAGGGAACCAGAAUAACAAUGCCGUCGCCGCUCCCCCAGCUGCCUCGUCCUCUGGCAUCGGUAACUUUGGCAAAUGCUCUGUUCCUCAGAUUGAGUUCGGUGUUGGCUUCGAUAACCGCAAGGAGACCUCUUUCCAACCCGUUGACAAAAAGUCGUUCAACCACGGUUCUGCCCAAGCCAUCAAGAUCAUCACCCAGUUCAUUUGCGACACUCUGACCAACAGCUGCGGUGCCGAUGCUACUGCGAAGGCUACUUGCGCCAAGGCUCAGGCUGCUGCUGAUGCUGCGCCCCCCAAGACUGGUAUCGACGCCGAUAUUUUCAACAGCUUCUUCGGCAUCUCGACUAACUUCCGCAACAUUGCUGCUAUCGACGACCAGGGCCGAGUUGUUGCCGGUUCGACUGGUGGACAGGUUUCCGUCGCCCCGACUGGCGGAGCUGGGCAAGCUCAGGCCCCUCCUGCUAACACCAACAAGGGUGGAAAUGGCAAUGCCAACAAGGGUGGAAAUGGAAAUGCUGCUUCCCAAGCCCCCGCCAACUCCGCGCCAGCGGCUACCGGUGGAAACGUCCAGACUUUCACUGGAAACCUAGGGGGUGCUGCGCCCCCAGUCGUCCCCGGUGGAAAGGGCUUCAUCAUCAACGGAUCAGAAUUCAUCAACAAGGCCGGCGCGCUCGGUCGUUCGUGCGACAUCCAACACAACGCCUGCGCCAACGCCGCCAACUCUGGGGCCGGGUUCAGCGUCAGUGCUUGCGAUGCCCAGAAUACGCAAUGCCACAACGCCAUCAACUAA